CGGAGCCGAGCCGCGGGGACGACGCCGCGCUGCCGAGGUCGCCGAGCCGCUCGCCAUGGCCAGCCCGCAGCCACAGCCGCCCUACCUGCACCUGGCCGAGCUGACGGCGUCCCAGUUCCUGGAGAUCUGGAAGCACUUCGACGCGGACGGAAAUGGAUAUAUUGAAGGUAAAGAGCUAGAAAAUUUUUUCCAAGAGCUGGAGAAGGCAAGAAAAGGCUCUGGCAUGAUGUCAAAGAGUGACAACUUUGGGGAGAAGAUGAAGGAGUUCAUGCAGAAGUAUGAUAAGAACUCAGAUGGCAAAAUUGAGAUGGCCGAGCUGGCGCAGAUCCUGCCGACCGAGGAGAACUUCCUUCUGUGCUUCAGGCAGCACGUGGGCUCCAGCACCGAGUUUAUGGAGGCUUGGCGAAAGUACGACACGGACAGAAGUGGCUACAUUGAAGCCAACGAGCUCAAGGGAUUUCUGUCUGACCUGCUGAAGAAGGCAAACCGGCCAUACGAUGAACCCAAACUCCAGGAAUACACCCAAACCAUACUGCGGAUGUUCGACUUGAACGGGGAUGGCAAACUGGGCCUCUCGGAGAUGUCCCGACUCUUGCCUGUACAGGAAAACUUCCUGCUUAAAUUUCAGGGCAUGAAGCUGACCUCAGAGGAGUUCAACGCGAUUUUCACGUUUUACGACAAGGACGGCAGUGGCUAUAUUGAUGAGAAUGAGCUGGAUGCCCUUCUGAAGGAUCUGUAUGAGAAAAACAAGAAGGAAAUGAAUAUCCAGCAGCUCACCAACUACAGGAAGAGCGUCAUGUCCUUGGCCGAGGCCGGGAAGCUCUACCGCAAGGACCUGGAGAUCGUCCUCUGCAGCGAGCCCCCCAUGUAAAGGGGGGCCGGGGGCGGCUUCCGCACCUCCCCCACCCCGCCCCUGCUGCCCUGCCACCUGCCCCGGCCCCGGCCCCCCUGAGCGCCCCGCCCCGCCCCUGCAGCCUGCGCACCCCGCCCGCGGAGCAGGAGAGGAGAGACGGAGGGCGGCGGCCCAGGCCCGCGGGCGCCCCCUGCGCCGAGGGACCCCCGCCGGGCCGGGCCGGGCCGGGCCGGGCCGGGCGGGGAGGGGAGGGGAGGGGAGGGGCGGGGCGGGCUUCCCCCGUGGCUGCUGCAUGAGCUCGUCCGCUGUAAGUUCGGCUUCUCCGCCCACGGGAGCGGACCCUUGCUCCCGCCCCGCCAGCUCCCACCCACCCACGCCCCCAGGUCCCCCACCACCCCGUAACGGCGCAGCUGUCGCCUGAGUUCCCGUUCCCGGAGGGCGCCGGCCCUCUGUCCUCGCUCCGCGUGCUCCUUCCUCUGUGGGUUCCUCGUCUCCUUGUUUACCAAAGAGUUUACAGACAAUAAAGUGGAAACGUCCGCGUGGA